AGAACGCCGUCUUGGGCGCCAGUGGGGAUAUGAGUGAUAUGCAGUUCUUGCUUCAUGAGGCGGACAAGGUUUUGUGAGUGCGGCGUUCCUUCUUCCUCGUUCAAGGCAGUGCAAUAGAGACGAUGCUGACAAGACGACCUCAUUAUUGUCACCUACCUUUCACGCUGGCAGGCUCCGCGAAACAAACGAGGCCGACUCUCAUUCGCUCUCACCACCACAACUCUAUUCGUGGCUCUCUCGCACCAUGUACGGUAGACGCAGCAAGAUCGACCCUCUCUGGAACUCCUUUGUCCUCGGAGGAGUCACUCCUGCCUCGCCCUCAAACCCCACUCCCACUCCAUUCUUGGGCUACGUGGACCUCCUCGGCGUCACCUACCAAUCUUCCACGAUCGCCACAGGCUUUGGGUUGCACCUCGCCCAACCUCUCCUUCGUAAAGCCGUCGAAGGGAGAGAGCAUGAGCUCAGUGAGGCCGAGGCGAGGGAGAUCCUGGAGGGAUGCAUGAAGGUGCUCUUCUACCGCGACGCGAGGAGUUUGAACAGGUUUCAGAUUGCGACGAUUGAUGCGAAGGGGGUAAAGAUUGAUGAACCCAAGAGCGUUCCGACCAGCUGGGGCUUCGCGGAGGGAUUGAGGGGAUACGGGCCUCAGACGCAGUAGACGGACGGAAGCGAAGCGGAAACACACACUAGGUGAUGGCGACGAAUUUCAUCAUCAUGUCAUGCAUUGGUUGACGAAGCGGCUGCGUUGACUAUCCCCUA